AUGCUCGAAGUCGAGAUGAACUUUGUCGAUACACUCAAUCCUAUCAUGGAUCUCGUUGAAGAUAUGCUCAGGGAUAUCGCUUUACGGCUACAGGACUCAACGGUUGGACAGGAACUCCUAACUUCCAGGUCCAGCUCUUCGAAUGGUGAAGAGGCAAGUGCCGUCACGCAUGAUGUGCUACUCCAGCGGUGGCAAGGCCUGGCCCAAAGGCCUUGGCCGCGUGUUACGUACGCGGAGGCAAUAGCAAGGUUGCAACAGGCAACGUCACAGAAGAAUGUUGUUUUCGAGUUUGAGCCGACUCUGGAGUCUGGACUGCAAGCCGAGCACGAGAGAUUCUUAGCUGAGCACGUUGGACAAGGCAGUCCAGUCUUUGUGACUGAUUACCCUCGCAUUAUGAAACCGUUCUAUAUGGCCCCUUCCAGGCCUACCUCGGGAAACACCGAUCCCGUAUCCACAGUGGCAUGCUUCGAUCUUCUUGUUCCGGACCUUUGUGAGCUCGUCGGGGGUUCCCUACGCGAGCAUCGAUGGUCUGCACUUCACGACGCUAUGGAGAGCCAUGGCCUGCUUAAACCAAAGCGAGUUUUUGGCGAGACACACGACGCAAGCGGUUCAAUCAAUCCCGCAGUGGAAAUGCAGAGUAUCCCUACGCCUUCGACAGAAGUCUCAAGUCUACAGUGGUACCUUGACCUACGCCGUUACGGAAGUGUACCACAUGGUGGGUUUGGGUUAGGCUUCGAUCGCCUGCUGGGCUACCUGUCUGGUGUCUCCAAUCUUCGAGACACCGUAGCUUUUCCAAGAUGGUACAAGCGGUGCGACGCCUAA